AUGGCUUUUCCACCUGACGCAUAUCGCUUGUCCCAGGCGUCCAAAAGCGUUCAAGUUGAAACGCGUCUUAUUCACGAGCAGGAAGAGAACAUCAAUCGAAUCACCGGAACCUCUGGCCCGCGACCAACUUGGAUCGCCUACGACUUCCAGCCCUAG